AUGGCCAUGUCUUGUCGGUAUGCCGCCCAGAGCUGCGCUCGCCAGCUCCGAUCCGCUCGUGCAGCCCGAGCACCCGCACAGCUCGUCCGUAUCCCGGCUACCUCGAGGAGAUGGAACUCAACCGAGGCCGCUCCCGUCAACCCCAAGAUCGAAGCCAUUGUCGACCAGAUCAGCCAGCUUACUCUUCUAGAGACCGCUGACCUUGUUUCAAGCCUCAAGAGCAAGCUCAACAUCCCCGACAUGCCCAUAGGCGGUUUCGCUGCGGCUGCCCCUGCUGCUGCCCCCGCCGUCGAGGAGGCUGAGGAAGCCGCUCCCGCCGCCGCCGAGAAGACCCUCUUCACCCUCAAGCUGCAAGGAUUCGAUGCCACCUCAAAGGCCAAGGUGAUCAAGGAGAUCAAGAACAUGCUCGGCCUGAGCUUGGUAGACAGCAAGAAGUUCGUCGAGAGUGCACCCAAGAUGAUGAAGGAGAACGUCCCCAAGGAGGAUGCCGAGAAGAUCAUCACCGCCAUGAAGGAGUUGGGAGCCACCGUGGUGAUGGAGUAA